AUGUACGUUAACUUACCAAAACCCUGCCUCGUCGGGAUAGCUCUGACUAUAUCGACACACUCUGGACCUCAGGUUGUGUAUCACUAUCCACCUAUUGACGAAGUAUCCUCAUCUUGGAGAAAUACAGGCAGGUCAAAAACAGGCCAGCGGCCAAAAGAUAAGCAUCCACGCGAAGAGUUGGCUUCACGAAGCUCAAACCUUACUCAUAGAUCGAUAUCUCAGAGAUUUCAUUAUAACAGUGAUAAUGAAGUUGACAACACAAAUAAUUCAGACACUAAUGAGGGUGACUAUGGCGAGGGUAGCAGUUCCAGUAAUGAAGAUACGACUUCUGGUUUAAGCGACACUGAAAUGUCCACGGAUGAUGCCGAUCUCUCCAGUAGUUCUAGUUCAGUUUUGGAUGAUGAGAUGUCUUCCCUUGGUGAUAAUGACCAAAGUGCUGCUUCUCUACUUGGUGCGUCACAUGGAGAAAAUGGAUUGCAUUCGCGGGAAUCCUGGGGAAGAGAUAAUAUGAGAAACUCACAAGUUAGUGCAAGUAAGUUAUUCCAAUUUCUUAGCGGUGAAGAUUCUAAGCGGAACUCAAUAGUUUCAAAACUCACACCACGCAAGGAAAAUGUAUCAUGGGGAAAUACUAAUGGACCCGACUUGAUCGGUGGUAAUGAGCCAAAUAAGUUUACACUGGAUGAAACGUAUUUUGGUUCAGAGUUUCAGGAAAUAAAUAAAAUUUUCCAUUUCGAUUCAGAGUUUUUCGCGGAGAUAUGCUGUCCUCCCAAAGAAAUGUGUAAUACGAGAUUUGAGCUAUCAAUUGACGAUUUAUGUUUGGUAGGUUUACCCAUUCAUAUCAAUGAAAACGGUGAAUGGCGCAAAUCGAAGAAAACGAAGCAAAGCAAUCGUUCCAAAAGGUCUAAUUCAACUUCCAUGGGAAGGAAAAUGUCCGUCGCCAGUUCUCAUAAAAGCCAUAGAAGUGAGCAAAAUAUCUCAGAAGAAGAUGAUGCAGACGAUGAGCAUAGCAUAAAUGGUGGUCAUGUUGAUGAUGGAUCAAUCAUGGACUCUAAUGUUGAAAAGGACGAGUACAAGGAUUUGGAGAGCAGUAUAAAUAUGUUUCACGUCUGCUUUCUGAUGGAUCCUCAUAUCGUUGAAUAUAACGAGCGUGUUGAUGACAUGUACCAUUUUGUUAUUUCAAGGCUAUCAUUAAUCUUAAGGUACACACAAUCAAAAACGAGUUACGUAACAAGAGAAUGCGUCCGUAUUUUGAAGACAAAAGAUAAGGUUAUGAAGUCGUCGGAAAAGUAUAAGGCAAUCAGAGGAUCUGCUAAUAAAGGGAAGUAUCUUUACCAAAGUAUUCUGAACCAAUCUUCAUUAGCAAGGGCGUUGACAAAAUGCUUUGAUUCGCUUAUCAAAAAUGAGGUUGUAAAUUUAGAAAUCGAUGGCGAUAAAAUUAUAUCGCUUCAAAUUCCAAUCAAAAAUGAGUUUUCGCGUUUGCCAGAAAUAAAAACGAAUCCAGUUCUUCGAGGUUCAUUUUUGACAUCCAUUUUGAACAGAAGGUAUUUAGAAGAGGAUUCCGUAUCCGACACUGGUAAUUGGUCAGGGAGUGUUGAUGAGAACGAUGAUUUACUUGAUUAUGCACUUUUACUUUUAGGUGAACCAGCUAAUAUUAUACAAGAGCUACAAGAGUCUUCGUUCAGUGAUGAUAUUUCAAACGUGAUUUUGAUCACACUGGUUAAACAUUUGAAACCGACUAUACCACUUCGUUCCUACCAGUACCUAGUUGAUGAUAUAAUUGGAAGCUCCAUUCAAGGAGAGGAGGAUAAAUCUAAACGCAAUUCUUUCCAAACUAGCAUGCUAAGAUCGUUUGCCCUCCACCUCAUGUAUUGGAGACAUGCCCGAGUUAUUAUUCCGAUUUCCUCUAAAAAUGUUUACAUUGUAUCUCCACUAGCUCCUAUUAGAGGAACUGCAACUGAUGAUUUUGAGAAUCAUGAUUCUCAGUUUCUGGAAGGAAAAGCGCUGAUUUACCAAAAUCAAGAGAUCUUCUCCAAAAAAUUUCCUACUUUACCACCAUUACCAUCUUUUCUGAGUCUAAUAUCAACAGCGAAGCCAAGGAUGUUUGGUCACAUCAUACCUUCUCGCGAUCAUAAGAGCAUCUAUUUAAGCGCCCUGAGUUGGCUAAUAAGGUAUGGGUAUCUGACACAGUUAUUAACAUUUGGCUGGGUUCGAGUUGACUCAAGAAUCAAAAUUGCAGUAGAUGAAGAUUUAGAAAAAGACGGUGUCAGAAGACAGAACCAAAAACAGCCUCAGAAAAGUUUAGCCAAUGGUCUUAACGAUAACAUCGUUUCAAAAGGCGCCACACUGUCGGAACAAGAUGAAGAUGAACAAGGUUCUUACUACGGAAGCGAGGAAGACCUGAUUGAUAAUGCAGACUAUACCAUAAUUUUAGAACCAGAAAGAGCCACUGCCAUCGAGAAAAGAUGGCUAUAUAAGUGUGUCGAAGGUCAGCCAUCGGACAUUCAGGUUUUGUUUCACAAGCUCGUAAAGUACUUCAAUGGACGGACACCUAUGGAAAUAGUCAUGAUGCGUGAAGGAGUUUCAAAACCCGAGUUCAACAAGCUAUGCUUAGCGUUGGGCAAAUACUACGUCCAAAUUAAUCACUGGUAG